AAGGGCCGCGGCGCGACGGCCGGGGGAGCGGAGCAGAGCCUGCGACCCACAAAGCCGCAGUCGCCGCGAUGGUGCUGUGAGGCGACCGCCCGCGCUCGGUCCUCCGCCGGCCCGCGACUAUGCCCGGCCGCGCCCGCCCUCCGCGCCCUCCCGCCGCAGGACCAUGAGGCCACGCUCGGGCGGGCGCCCAGGGGCCCCGGGCCGCCGCCGCCGUCGCCUCCGCCGCGGCCCCCGCGGUCGUCGCCUGCCGCCGCCGCCGCCGCUGCCGCUGCUUCUCGGGCUGCUGCUGGCGGCCGCGGGGCCCGGGGCGGCGCGGGCCAAGGAGACGGCGUUCGUGGAGGUGGUGCUGUUCGAGUCGAGCCCGAGCGGCGACUACACCACCCACACCACCGGCCUCACGGGCCGCUUCUCGCGGGCCGGGGCCAUGCUCAGCGCCGAGGGUGAGAUCGUGCAGAUGCACCCACUAGGCCUAUGUAAUAACAAUGACGAAGAGGACUUGUAUGAAUAUGGCUGGGUAGGAGUGGUGAAGCUCGAACAGCCAGAAUUGGACCCCAAACCAUGUCUCACUGUCCUGGGCAAGGCCAAGAGAGCAGUUCAGCGGGGAGCUACUGCAGUCAUCUUUGAUGUAUCUGAAAAUCCAGAAGCCAUCGAGCAGCUAAACCAAGGCUCAGAAGACCCUCUUAAGAGGCCAGUGGUGUAUGUGAAGGGUGCAGAUGCUAUCAAGCUGAUGAACAUUGUCAACAAGCAGAAAGUAGCUCGAGCAAGAAUCCAGCACCUCCCUCCUCGACAACCCACCGAGUACUUUGACAUGGGGAUUUUCCUGGCCUUCUUCGUCGUGGUCUCCUUGGUCUGCCUCAUUCUCCUUGUCAAAAUCAAGCUGAAGCAACGUCGUAGUCAGAAUUCCAUGAACAGGCUGGCUGUGCAGGCUCUGGAGAAGAUGGAAACCAGAAAGUUCAACUCCAAGAGCAAGGGGCGCCGGGAAGGAAGCUGUGGGGCCCUGGAUACACUUAGCAGCGGCUCCACAUCCGACUGUGCCAUCUGUCUGGAGAAGUACAUUGACGGAGAGGAGCUUCGGGUCAUCCCUUGUACCCAUCGGUUCCACAGGAAGUGUGUAGAUCCAUGGCUAUUGCAGCACCAUACCUGUCCCCACUGUCGGCACAACAUCAUAGAACAAAAGGGAAAUCCAGGUGCUGUUUGUGUGGAGACGAGCAACCUCACACGUGGUCGGCAGCCAAGAGUGACCCUACCAGUACAUUACCCAGGCCGUGUGCAUAGGACCAAUGCCAUCCCAGCCUACCCUACUAGGACAAGUAUGGACUCCCAUGGCAACCCUGUCACACUGCUAACCAUGGAUCGGCAUGGGGAGCAGAACCUCUAUUCUCCACAAACACCCACCUAUGUCCGUGGCUACCCACCCCUGCACCUGGACCACACUCUGGCCCCUCAUCGCUGCAGCCUGGAACACCGGGCCUACUCACCAGCCCAUCCCUUCCGCAGGCCCAAGUUCAGCAGCCGCAGCUUCUCCAAGGCAGCUUGCUUCUCCCAGUAUGAGACCAUGUACCAACACUACUACUUCCAGGGUCUCAGCUACCCAGAGCAGGAGGGCCAGACAGUACCCAGCAUCACACCCAGGGGCCAAUCCCGUGCCUUCCCACCAAGUGGUGGCAGCAGCCUGCUCUUCCCCACAAUGGUGCAUGUGGCCCCUCCAGCCCAUGUGGAGAGUGGCAGCACAUCUAGCUUCAGUUGCUAUCAUGGGCACCGUUCUGUGUGUAGUGGCUACCUGGCCGACUGUCCUGGCAGUGAUAGCAGCAGCAACAGCUCUGGCCAGUGUCGCUGCUCUUCCAGUGACUCCGUGGUGGACUGCACAGAAGUCAGCAACCAAGGUGUGUAUGGGAGCUGUUCAACCUUCCGAAGCUCCCUCAGCAGCGACUAUGACCCCUUCAUCUACCGCAGCCGGGGGCCUGCUGUGCACCUUGAGGGCUCCCCUCCACCAGAGGAGCUCCCAGCAGCACACACUCAAGGUGCUGGGCGGGGUGAGCCAUGGUUAGGCCCUGCCUCUCCCUCAGGGGACCAGCUGUCCACCUGCAGCCUGGAGAUGAACUACAGCAGCAACUCCUCGCUGGAACCCAGAGGGCCCAACAGCUCUACCUCAGAAGUGGGGCUCGAGGUUUCUCCUGGGGCCGCCCUGGACCUCAGGAGGACCUGGAAAGGGGGUCCAGAGGGACCAUCAUGUGCUUGCUGCUUCGAGCCCCAGCCCUCUCCUCUGGGCUCUGGGAUAGGAACAACUGCAGGUGGCAGCAGCUUAUUCCUGGGUCCUCGGCACCUAGAGGACUGCAACCCUCCAAGUGGGGAGCCACAACUGGGGAGCUCCCAGGGCCUGUAUGGUCUUCACUCAGACCAUUAUCCUAGGACAGAUGGGGUGAAAUAUGAGGGCCUGCCCUGCUGCUUCUAUGAAGAGAAGCAGGUGGCCCACAGUGCUGGCAGGGGCAAUGGCUGCUACACUGAGGACUAUUCAGUGAGUGUACAGUACACACUCACUGAGGAACCCCCACCCAGCUGUUAUGCAGGGCCCCGGGACCUGAGCCAGCGCAUCCCCAUUAUUCCAGAGGAUGUAGACUGUGACUUGGGCUUGCCCCAAGACUGCCACGGAAUGCACAGCCACAGCCCCUGGGGUGGGGCCCUGGGCUUGGAUGUUCCCCGACUCCACUGGAGUCUAGGCACAACCCGGGAAGAGGACCAGGCUCCAUGUUACCAAGCUGAGGUGCAGCCUGGCUGCUCUCCAGAGGAGGCAGAUGCUUCCAGGGCUGGCCUCUCCAGUGCCCCCCAGGACACUCAGGAGUCCCAUGCCCUGGCUGCUGAGGCUUCAGGACCAGGAUCUGGCCCAGGCAUCGGUACGGGAGCUUGAGCUCAGAAGGAACUCUUAUGUAGAAAUCGUGAACUGUACGGAGACUUCAAAGUCUGGCUUCCUUCAAAACUACUAUAUAUAUAUAUUUACACACAUAUAUAUAUUUUAGCUUUGACAAACACAAAAGUGGUAAUAAAGAGAGCCCUCCUCAACCCAAAAUGUGAGCCACCUGUGGCAUCCCUUCCCCAUUAACAAACCAACAGACAAAAUCUCUUGAGUCCUUUGCCUCUUUAAUAAUGUGUUGUUCUGUUUUAUAAUGUGUGCUUGGGUUUCUGAGGUGUGUGGUAUUGAGUUCUCUGCUUUUUUUCUAAGAUAUUAUAUGUAAAUGUAAAAAGUUAUUUAAAUAUAUAUUUUAAAGAACCCUAACUACCAACUUCUGUUGAAAAAAAAAAAAAUCACUGCUGCAUUAAAUGAACCACAUCAUGUGUCGAUACUGUUGUCUCCCUGGAGGGACCUCAGGCCUUUGAAAAGCUCAGGGUUACACCUGCCUUAUUGAAAAUGAACCAGAAACUUGAAGUAAAAAGCUAGUUGAUAUGGGUACAAACUCCAAGGAACAAUACAAAGCUGCCUCAUCCUUUUUCCCUUUUUUGAGGCAAAUCUGGACUUCAGGGCUUCUGGGAAGCCACACCUCUCCUGCCCACACCUGUAGGCAGCAAUGGAACAGGAGGAAAGUGGGGGCAGUGUCAAACUAUUACUGCCUAGGCCAGGUUUACUGGAGCCUGUUCUACCCAUUCUCUUCUGUUCCUUUGGUAGGUCUUUAUCCCAGCAGAGGCUGUGACUGUGACCAGCCCUGUCACUAGGGUCUCUCUUGCACUCUGACCGCCAGACAAGGGAAGAGACGCUCUCACCCUGUGGCCUUGGAGUCUUUUGUAAAAUCAUUUUGGGCUUCAUGCCAUCAAUUGCAGGGGUGAUUUAAAUGGGAUGUGCAGGGUGGACAUCCAGGAGGAAUGUUGAUUUGUGGCCUUGGUGUCCUCUGGGACUAGAGGAGCAAGCUCUCCUCUCAGUAGCAGUGCACCGCUCCUUGAAAGGCAUGCUGGGGCACACUUGUGCCCACAGGUCUAGGGCAGCCACACCCCUCAGUUGUUGCCCCCUUAGGUUGCCUCCUUGGGGGACACAUGCUUGAACCACAAGAGUGUACUAAGCUCCAAUUGGACCAGUCCCCCAUCCCCAGAAACAGGCCUCUCUGCCUGGUGGCUGCAGGGGUUCACCCUGCUAGCAGAUGUCUGCUAGCCUGUUUGCCUGAUGCACUAUUAUGUACUGAUUCUCCACGAGACAGACUGUCAGAUAGUUCAGACCCAAAGGGUAGGCUUUUGUAUAUUUUUUCCAGCCUCUUUUUUUUAAGGGGAAGAGUUUUUUUAAAUCCAAACUACUUUUGGUUGUUUUUGUUAUUAUUGUUUUUAAGAUGUUUUGUUUAUUUUUAAAAGGGAGAGAGAAUCUAUUUAAAAUCACUUCAGGGAUUGUAAUCCUUUUUAUUCAAAAUAGUCCUUGUUCUUAAAAGUAUUUUCUUUUCCUUAGAGGAAACUAAUCAGCUUGGCCCUGUGUUUGCUAACUCUUCUGGUCACUUUUAGUCAUUCAUUUAGCAGAUGUCUUUUGCCAUCAGGAAGAGUUUGGCAGAGUGGGUCUGAAAACUCUGUUACUGCAUGGGGACCACCUGGGUUGCCAGAGACAGAAAUGACCCUUCUUCCCAGUCAGGCUCCCAGGAAGUCAUCCCAGGGUCCAGAUUGCACAUUUGAGAUGAUCAAAAUACUUUGUUCUUUAAAACCCCAUCCUAGGAUGAGGGCAUUUGCUUAUUUCUAUCUAGAAUCUAACAAAAGAAGUCCCAUGUCAGAUGGUCCAGUUAUUUGCCCUUUAGGAAGUGGCCAUAGUGAAAUUUGUUCUUCUGCCCAACUCUGGGGGUCGGUCCCUUGAGGCUCCUCCCAGUGCACCUGUUGCUGAGGGUGUGAGAAGGGCCUAAACUGUUGACAUGUGAUCGGGCUGCCUUUCUUUCUGGGGCCAGGAGUAGCAGCUGCUAAGAACAGCAGCUUUCCUUACUGUGUAGGGAGAGUGGAGGCACAGCUUUUAACGUGAACUGCAAAGCGCAGCUUCUCAUUGUUGAGAUGUUUGUUGUUUCUGGUUUUGCUUUUUUUGUUUUUAGUGUCUGUAUGUGCAUAUUUCUCCAUUGGCUGAGACUGAAACAGACCCCAGAAAGACCUUGCCUUUGCCCUGCCUGGCUAGAAAACCACUUCUCAGUACUCGUAGAUGAGUAGAGAAUUUGAAUGCCGCUAGACAGAGUUAAAAAACCAAGUUCAACUCUCCUUUGAAAAAAUGCUACUGGUGGGUGACAGGCACUUGUAAUUGUAGUUUUGGACUAGUAGAAACAAAAGAUUUAGAGACAAUUAUCAUCGUUGUGUUGCCACAUCAGACCAGAAUAAAACCUAUCUUAUGUCACCAUUUAAAUCAGAAGAAAUAAUGUCUAUGAAGUUCUGAGACUCCCAGUACUGUCUGUACCCUCUUCUGGGUGGGAGGAGUGGAAGGGGAAUGCCAGUAGUGGGUGGGAAUUGUAUAACCAUGGACAAGGAGCACCCCACUCUCCCCUGGGGGCUUCUGUAGCGUCUGUGUGUAUGAUAGCAAGUGUGGGCUUGAUACCAGCCCUGGGUGUAAAACAGCCAUGUCAACCCAAAAUCUAGAACCAGGUAAAGAUGGAAGUUUUGUCAUUGUGUACCAUGAGGUGCCUCCGUGGUCGCAGCCCCAGAAGCUGACCAUCCAUCCCUUUCCUCCAGGCCCAGACCAUUGUGUUAGUGUUUGUCUUUAGUCCCGUGGCUCAGGCCCUUCCCUAUGUGCUUCUGCUCUCAAAGUUCACACAGGACUAAUGCUUUUAAAAUGUGCUCUGUAAAAGAAUUUGAAAGUAUCAUCUUUUAAACUGAUCUGCAUUUUUCUAUUCCUUACAUAAACUUUUUGUAUCGUGUUGGUCUAAUGACACUUUUAAUUUUUUUUAUUUCUCCCAUAGCACUUAAUAUUUUGUAAAGAUUUUUUUGUGAUAAAAUGGUCUAAGGGCUCUUUUUCAACAUUACCAUUUUAAAAACUGUUUUAAAAGCUAGAAAACAACUUAUGUAUAUUCUGUAUAUGUAUAGCAGCACAUUUCAUUUAUGGAAAUAUGUUCUCAGAAUAUUUAUUUACUAAUAUAUUUAUCUUAAGCCAUGUCUUAUGUUGAGAGUGUGACAUUGUUGAAAUAAUCAUUGAAAAUGACUAACAAGGCCCUGUAAAUAUAUGAUAAUUGCACACAGAUUUUACAUAUUUGCAGACCAAAAAUGAUUUAAAGCAAGUUGUAGUCUUCUAUGGUUUUGUAACAAAUUGUACAAAUGACUGUAAAAAAAAAAAAUACAAUUUUAUCAAGUA